CCAGCAUCAAAUUAUCACAGCACUUUAUUAGUGUAAUUUACCAUUGACAAUGAGUGCCAACAAAAUGAUCGAUCCCUAGUAUUCAAAUAAUCAGGCUAAUGUUAUAAAAGAACUGGCGAAACCUUGAAAUUAUUCAAUAUGAAAGUAACGUGAAAGUAACUGUUUUUUGUUCAAAAAAUCCAACAAAUCAAACAAAAAAGUGACUUUCAAUCAGCAAUGUUUUUCUGGUUUAUUUUAUUGUUCAUCUUUUACCUAUUAAUUUAUUACCGACAAAAACAUGGAUAUUGGAAAAAAUUUGGGUUAAAAGGUCCAUUACCAGUUCCUUUUCUUGGUACCUCUUACGUUUACCUACGGAGACCAUUACAUGUUGUUGAGACUGAGCUGAUUCAAAAGUAUGGCCAAAUAGUUGGCAUGUUUGAAGGCGCAAAACCAACAUUGCUCGUCAGCGAUCCCGAGUUUAUCAAAACCAUUGCUUUAAAGGAGUUUCAUUCGUUCCCUCAGAGCUUCACCUUUUCCAGCUAUAAACAUCCACUUGAACAACUGUUUCCUGAACUUAUUUGGGGUUCCAAAUGGAAACAUUCUCGUGGCCAGAUCACUCAAUGUUUCACAGUGGCUAAGUUGAGAAAGGCAUUUCCCAUGAUUGAAAAAUGCUCUGACAUGUGCGUUAAAUCCUUAGCAGAUGAGAUUCAGAGAUGCGAUGCAAUUGAAAUGAAAAGCUUUUGGUUUAAAUAUUAUUGUGAUACAAUAUUUCAAUUUUGUUUAAAUUUAGAUGCUCACGUCUAUCAAUCACGAGACAAUAUCAUCGUCGAGAAAAUGAUUGACCUGAGUCGACCUUUUAUUCCAGCUUUUAUUAUGAAUAUGUUUCUACCUGAAUGGAUCAUGAAAACUUUUCACUUGAGUGCACUUGAUAAAAAGGCUUUAGACUACCUGGAAAAGCUUGUGACACACUUGAUCGAAACUCGUCGAUUGAGAAAAGACGAGAGACAGACUGAUGUUUUGAACCGUUUGAUAGCCAUUAACGAGACCAGUUCUGAACAGUCGACUGAAAUUGAAUUGGUUGCUGCAAUUGUUGAUCUCCUUUUCAAUGGCUUUGAGACCAGUUCAUCUCUUCUUGCUUGGUGCAGUUGGAGGUUAGCCUUUAACCAAGACGUUCAAGAUCGCUUAACCAAAGAAAUUGAUUCCCUCAACAGUCUUGACUACGAUAGUUUGCUAUCAGCUCAAUACUUGGACGCUGUUAUAAGCGAGAGUCUUCGCAUUGAUCCACCAGAAACACACAAUGAGCGCGUCUGCCACACAACUUAUCACCAUCCUGAAACCGGCAUUGUAAUCCCGGCUGGAAGCAAAGUUUCAAUGCCUAUCUAUGCCAUGCAUCAUAAUCCAGAUAAUUUUCCUGAUCCAGAAAAAUUCAAUCCUGAUCGAUUUCUCCCCGAUAAUCGCAAUGCCAUUAAACCUUUCACUUAUAUUCCUUUUGGUGUUGGCUAUCGAGCAUGUCUUGGUACUAAAUAUGCUUUGUUGGUGUCCAAAAUGGCUCUGGCAAAACUGCUUCAAUCAUAUCGUUUUGUAGUCACACCAUCGACCACAAUUGAUUUAGAUUACGAUUGGGGAUCCAUUUUACUUUGCGCUGAUGAGAUCAAUGUUGGAAUUGAGAAGAGAAUGUAAAUUUUUGAUUGUAAAUCUGUUAAUACAAAUAAACAAGUAAAUCCAAAGGAUAUUUUGAGUUCAA